UAGAAAAACACAUCUUCAUUCUCAAGCCAUUAGACAAAGGCUACUCAUAAAUUCCAGCACUAUGAGAUCACACAUAUUCUUUUGGCUUUUCUUUAUGCCAUUCAGCUUAAUAAGUUCCAGCACUUACAAUUUUGCGGCGAAUGGCUAUUGUCUUGAUCAUGAACAUUCCUUGUUACUCCAUUUGAAAAACAACCUGAUAUUCAACCCCAUGAAAUCUUCAAAGCUAGUUCAUUGGAACCAAAGUGAUGAAGAUUGUUGCCAAUGGCAUGGAGUAACAUGCAAAGAUGGACAUGUUACAUCCCUUGAUCUUAGCCAUGAGUCCGUCUCAGAAGGACUUAAUGACUCAAGUGCUCUUUUCAGCCUGCAAUAUCUGCAGAGUUUGAAUUUAGCUUUUAAUGACUUUCAUUCUAUGAUUCCUCAAGAGCUGCAUCAACUGCAGAAUUUGAGGUAUCUAAACUUGUCAAAUGCUGGCUUUGAAGGACAGGUCCCAACAGAAAUUUCUCACCUCACAAAGUUGGUUACUCUUGAUUUGUCUUCUUCAAUUACCUCAAAUCACAGCUUAAAACUUGAGAAUCCAAAUAUAGAGAUGCUAGUGGAAAGCCUCACAGAUAUCACUGAAUUGUAUCUAGAUGGUGUAGCAAUAUCGUCUAGCGGGGAUGGAUGGGCUCGUGCUUUAUCUUUAUUGAAAGGGCUUCGUGUUUUGAGCAUGUCUUCAUGCAAUCUCUCCGGACUGAUUGAUUCUUCACUAGCUAAGCUCACCCAACUCAUUUAUAUCGACUUAUCUUCCAAUAAUCUCACAGGUCCACUCCCUUCUUUCAAUAGGUCUAAGAAUCUCACAUAUAUAUCCUUCUUUCUCAACCAUUUAAGUGGAGAAUUACCAUCUGACCAUUUCGAGGGCCUCAGUAAUCUUGUAAGCAUCGAUUUAGGCUUCAAUUCUUUCAACGGGAGCGUGCCCCCGUCGGUGCUUAAGCUCCCAUAUUUGCGAGAGCUAAAACUUCCCUAUAAUCAACUCAGUGGUGUUUUGGGUGAGUUUGACAAUGCAUCUUCAUCUGUAUUGGAGAUACUUGAUUUAACCAGUAAUAAUUUGGAAGGUCCUAUUCCUUUGUCUGUCUUUAACCUUAAAACACUUAGUUUCGUUCAACUUUCAUACAACAAGUUUAACGGCACGAUAAAGUUGGACCUCAUUAGAAGGUUAACUAAUUUAACUAUAUUAGGCCUCUCACAUAACAAUCUUUUUAUCGAUGUCAAUUUCAAAUAUCAUCAUGACUUGUCACCCUUUCCCAAGAUGAGAAUUCUACUGUUGGAUUCUUGCAAGAUAAGAGAAAUUCCUAGUUUCUUGAGAAACCAGUCCACGUUAUUAUCGAUUCACCUAUCUGAAAACAAGAUCGAAGGACUCAUACCUAGUUGGAUUUGGCAACUUGAUUCUCUCAUUACUUUGAAUCUUUCCCGGAAUAAUUUGACAGGUUUGGAGGGAAGUGAUUUGAAUUUCAGUUCUAACCUUAUAAUGGGUGAUUUUAGUUAUAACCAACUCCAAGGACCCAUUUCUUUCAUUCCAAAGUAUGCAAUAUAUUUAGACUACUCAAGCAACAGAUUCAGCUCUUUCGUUCCACCCGAUAUUGGAAACCAUCUCCCUUACAUACGUAUGUUGUUUCUUUCAAACAACAAUUUUUCGGGACAAAUCCAUGAAUCUUUUUGUAAUGCAUCGACUCUAAACUUGCUAGACCUUUCCCACAAUAACUUUGUUGGGACUAUUCCAAAGUGUUUCUCAGCACUGAGUAGUAGUCUUAAGAUGCUGAAUUUAGGUGGAAACAAGCUCCGAGGUCAUAUUCCUAGUACUAUGUUUCAGAAUUCAUGUGCGUUAAGGUUUUUGAAUCUAAACGACAAUCUUUUAGGCAGUACUAUACCAAAAUCCUUGGUCAAUUGCCAAGAACUACAAGUACUUAACCUUGGGAAGAAUGCAUUGACAGGAAAAUUUCCAUGUUUUUCGAGUAAAAUAUCCACUUUGAGAGUCAUGAUUUUAAGGUCAAAUAAGUUCCAUGGGUCUAUUGAAUGCCCUAAAUGCAUUGGUGAAUGGAAGAUGCUUCAUAUCGCUGAUCUAGCCUCUAAUAACUUCAGUGGCAAGUUAUCAGCUGCACUCUUAAAUAGAUGGAAAGCAAUGAUGCGCGAUGAAGCCGAGCUCGGUCCAGAAUUUGGUCAUUUGUUUUUAGAUAUCGUUGAUAUCUUUCAGCCUAUGCGUUUCAAGGACGUACUACAAAAUUUGAACAAACGUCUAUCUAUGAAAGUGGCUACACUUGUUGCAAAUAUGCCUCGCUCCAUUCUUGACCAGGCAUACGUUGAUGGUAAUACGAUUUUGGCGGAUCUUGCUCGUUAUCAAGAUUCAAUCAUUAUUGUUAACAAAGGCCAACAGAUGAAGCUAGUCAAAAUUCAAAGUGCCUUCACUUACAUUGAUAUGUCGAACAACUACUUGGAGGGGCCAAUACCUAAUGAGCUAAUGCAAUUCAAGGCAUUAAAUGCUUUGAACUUGUCACAUAAUGCAUUCUUGGGCCAUAUACCAUCAUCUGUGGGGAGUUUGAAGAAUCUUGAGUCAAUGGACUUGUCAAACAACUCCUUGAAUGGAGAGAUUCCUCGAGAGCUUUCAAGUCUAUCUUUCCUCGACUAUAUGAACCUCUCGUUCAAUCAUUUGGCGGGGGAAAUUCCAUUAGGUACUCAAAUUCAAUCAUUUGAUGUAGAUUCCUUUAAAGGGAAUGAAGGAUUAUGUGGACCUCCAUUGACCAACAAAUGCGACUAUGAUGGAAUGCAGGGGUUGCCACCAGCAGCAUCUGAAACACCUCAUUCUCAGAAUGAGAGUUCAAUUGAUUGGAGUUUCUUAAGUAUGGAGUUGGGGUUGAUUUUUGGGUUUGGUAUUUUCAUCCUCCCUGUUAUUUGCAUGAACAAAUUGAGGUUGUGGUAUUUCAAACAUGUAGAUGAAAUGCUUUACAGGUUCAUCCCUUGUCUUGAUUUUGUGUAUGAACAACAUGAAGGAAAGAGAUAUAGAACUCUAAGUUUGAGGUACUGACAAUUGGAUUCUUGGAUUUAAUACUUUUGCUUCACCAAUUUGCACUCUAUAGUUUAUGUGUUCUUAUUGCAUCCAUUAAUAAAGGUUGAGCCUUGUUGAGUUGUAAAUCAGAUUUGUCAUUUGCAUAC